ACUAUUUAAAACCCUAAUUCUCCUUCUUCCAUUACUAAUCAAUCCUCCUCUCUCUCUUUAAAACAAGAGAGAAGAAGAAGUGGGGAUUUCUGAAACUGGGUUAUUAAAGGGUAGACAGACAGACAAACAUACAUACGGGUAGUGGUGGUGGUGGGUAUUACUGAAGAGAGAGUAUUAUGGACUCUUACGAGGCAACUAAGAUUGUCUUCUCCAGGAUCCAAUCUUUGGAUCCAGACAAUGCAUCCAAGGCUAUGGGUUACAUUCUAUGGCAAGACCAAGGCGAGAAGGAGAUGAUUCGUCUCGCCUUUGGCCCUGAAACCCUUUUGCUAUCUGUAAUCAAUCAAGCCAAAACCCAUCUCGGACUUCCCUCUACUAUUUCCACUACACUUUCAACCCCUUCAUCUCCUUCCCCUUUCAGUCCUAUGUCCAAUCAAGCCAGACCUUCUCAUUUGCAUCAUUCUUCGCCCAGGAUCGUUAUUCCCAACAAUGGGUAUCAUGUGAACCCGUCUUCUCCAUCAUCUCCUUGGUCCGUGUCUGGUUUCACAGAUCACCGGAGCCCAAGUAGUCAUUUGAGUCCUAGACCUGGUUCUUCUCUAUCUUACGCUGCUGUUGUAAAUGGAAGCACCGGUGCUGGUGGGUCCGGUUCGUUCUCUCCUCCUGCAUCCGCUACUUCAUUCCCACCGCAGUAUUACAACAAUAACAACAACAGCGGUGAUCCUAACGGGGAUUACGCCUCUCAAGUGCAAGAGCAACUCUCUUUCCUCGACGAUUCUUCGUCUGGUAACGCUGAUUUUGCAGAUCCGAUAAUGAGUCCGAACGGUCGGAGCGAUUCGGUUCCUUUCCCCUACGGAAGCUGCGGUGACAACCAUCAUCACCAUCUCCACCGACGGAGCUGUUCUGUGAGUGACUCCUUUCUUGCUGGAGGGUUGUCGGAAGAUGGUGGUGGCGCUGGGUUUGGUUGGAGACCGUGUAUGUAUUUUGCAAGAGGUUUCUGCAAAAAUGGAAGUACUUGCAAGUUCAUGCACGGAGGAGGAAGCGGUUUCGCCGAUUCGCCAGAUGGUUCUGAUGUUGGGUCGCCGGGAAAACUCGAUGGGCUCGAUGAGUUUCUGAGGAUGAAGGCUAUUCAGCAGCAGAGAUUCGCCGCUGCCUCUCAGUUGAUGGCCGGAGGAGGACAUUUCCCUUACACGAAAGGCAUGAUGAGCUUCAUGAAUGAUUCUCCAAGAUCUGCAGCAGCAGCCGCAGCAUUGAUGAUGGGGGACGAUUUCUAUAAAUUUGGCAGAUUUCGGUCUGAAAGACCCGAUCUUUUUGCAUUGGGUAGUUCUAAUUCGAGUUCCAGGCAGAUUUACCUAACAUUUCCGGCUGAUAGCACAUUUAAGGAAGAAGAUGUUUCUGCUUAUUUUAGCAAGUUUGGACCAGUUCAAGAUGUUAGGAUACCAUAUCAGCAGAAGCGAAUGUUUGGGUUUGUCACCUUCAUUUACUCAGACACCGUGAAGUUGAUUCUAGCUAAAGGCAAUCCUCAUUUUGUUUGCGAUUCCCGUGUUCUAGUGAAGCCUUACAAGGAGAAGGGAAAGAUUCCAGACAAGAAGCAACAUCCACUUGAUAGGGAGUAUCUUUCUGGGCUUGAUCCUUUUGAUCUUCCCAUUGGACCUAGGAUGCUCUGUGAUCCUCAAGAUAUCUUGCUGAGAAGGAAAUUGGAGCAGGCUGAAUUGCAGCAGGCUAUUGAAAUUGAGGGAAGAAGGCUGAGGACUUUGCAACUUAUGGACUUGCAAAAUCAUCAUGGACAUGGCCACGGUCAUGGCCAUCCGUUAUUCCAUCCCAAUUUCACAGCUGGGCUCCCGAGUCCUCCUUCAAUACUCCAAACACACCCAAAUGUCAAUCAUUUCCAGUAUGAAGAUGAUGAUGGUGCUAAUGAAGACAGUUCAGAAGGUGAUAACAAUAAUGUAGUGAAGGAGAAACUAUCCAACUAUGAUGAGGCACUUCCGGAAAGGUAUUAAGUUGAGAAUGAUAUAGAUUUGAUCUGGUGUUUGAGUCUAAAUACGUUUUUUAUCCUCAAAACAGCUUGGAGCACAUACUUCCCGAUAAUCUGUUUACUUCUCCUACAAAAAAAGCAGCAGUAGGAAAUUCUUCUGUGUUCUCGGUUGCUGGUGAGAAAGAAGGUGAUGAUGAAGUGAGAAAUACUAACAUAUCUUCAUCCCUCAACAUGGGUUCUUCUAUUAAGUCAUGUUACUUCCAAAUGCCUAGGUUUUCAUCUGGGCAAGAAGCCAUUGAAAUGUAGGUUAAAGAAAGUGGGUAGCAAAUAACAGCUAGCAGAGCAUAUGAAUUCAGUUAGGAAGAAUGUAUUAGUAAAGCAUAUGAUGAUGAUGAAGUAAAACAAGCCAGCAGGAAAAGGCCCCUCUAGCUGCUUGCUGUAUGCUGUAUGUAUAGCAGAUGUAUACUACCUACCAUCUCCAACAACAGUAGAAAAAGCAAAAAAAAAGAAGGAAAGAUCUCAUCUCUUGAAGAAUAUUAUUAUUAUUAUUAUUAUUGUCAGCAUGAAUACCAUCACCCCACCAUACUAGUUAACAAAAAUACAUAACUCAAUACUUAAAAGAACAGAGAGACAAGACAGAUGAUGAACUAGUUAAUUUCUUCUUCUUAUGUUGCAGUAGUAAUAGUAGUAGUAAUAGUAGCUACUAGUGAUGAUGACUGAUCUUAAUUAUUAUAUAAUUAGAGUUGUAACUCUAAUGUUAAAUAAUAAUAUUCUACUUAAAGAAGAAAGAUGAAUGGAAUGGCAUCUUUUUCCCUUUUUCAUAUAAUAUA